UGCAGCACUAAAUUCGAUUUUCGCGAGGUUUGAAUCCGAUCUCUAUCAGUUACCACGGAAUUGUGAAACAGUCAAGAUUUGAGAUUUCGCGACAAAAUGGAACUGUGCGUCCUGGCCAUCGUUUUGAUCCACCCCUUCUUCGUCCUGAGCCAUAGCCAUAGCCCUUGCCGCUACACGGUUGAGCUCACCUUCCCGGCCGAAUUCUCACCUCCGCCCGACGAAUACGAAGGUGUGGUAGCCAUAAGGAUUAACACCACCGAGAUCGUCGAGAAGGUAUCUCUGAACGCUCACUCGACCAUCACCAUCGAGAAUAUAGAGGUGAACGAGCAACCCGUCGAUCCUAGCACCUACAACCACAACAAGAACGACGACAUUCUCGACGUCAGUGCUAAAUUCCCCAUCACCAUCAGUGAAAUCAAGAUCAAGUUCAAGGGCAAGCUGUCCGAAGGUUACGUGGGUCUGUUUCGCGGCACGUACGAAGACGAGGGCAAAACCAAGCACUACCUCGCAACAAAUUUCCACCCCACCCACGCGAGGCGUGUGUUUCCCUGUUUCGACGAACCCGAAUUCAAAGCGCCCUUCCAUUUAACCAUCGUUCACCCCGCUAGUCACAAGGUACAAUUCGCGACGUCGACAGCGAAUACCAACGACUUAGGCAUGCAGGUGUCCGAGACGUUCGAGGAAACUCACCCGCUGUCCAUCUCUGAGCUGGGCUUCAUCAUUCACGAGCUGCAGUGUGCGGAGAUGUCCGAUCCCGCUCUGCUUUAUCACGUGUGCAGCAGGGCGUCGGUCGCGGAUCAAACCAAAUGGGCGCAGGAGGUGGGGCUCAAGAUACUCAAGCAGCUCAACCACGACAUCAGAGUGCCCUACGAGGACUUCAAGACCGACCACAAGCUGGACUUUGUGGCGGUACCCGAGAUUCCGAGUCGGUUGUUCGAGAGUACCGGAGUGGUUUUGUUCAGCGAGGACCUCCUUCUAUUCGACGAAAGCGACUCGCCCAACAAGCAACUGGUCACGACUUCGAUAGCCAAGGCGAUGGCACACCAAUGGUACGGCGGCCUGGUAUCCGCCAAAGACUGGAAGGACUUCUUCGUCCCGGAGGCGAUCUCGACGUAUCUCGAGUACCACUUCUCGAAAGAGAUGAUGGGUCUGAGUGAGUGGAAGCUCGACCAGCAAUUCGUGACGUCAGCGAUGCAAGUAGCGAUGGAAAUGGACGACAUGAAAGCCGAGCCAUUGUCUUCGUUCCAUUUGGACGACGAUUUAAGGGAGGACACACACAGGAAAUACAAAGGUGCCAGUCUGAUCCGUACCUUCAGCCUUAUGGUGGGCGAGGAUUCUUUUCAUAACUUCCUCCGACACGUCAUCGAGGCGCUGAAGUUCAAAACAAUUCACACUCUAUACCUCUGGACCCUCUUGGAGACGCAGCUCAAUAAAAUAAAGACGCUCUCCUGCGGCAUCACGGUCGAUGUUGCGAUGAGAAACUAUGUGGCCAAACAGGGUUACCCUGUGGUCAACGUGAUACGCAAUGGUAACCAAGUGACGGUCACACAGGAGGGAAACUUCGAAGCGACAGGAGGUGACGGUACCACGUGGUACGUGCCCCUGACCUACGAGACCUCCGACGGAGAUAAAUCGUUCGCGUCGACCUUACCGGUAGCGUGGUUGUCGCCUAGGAAGCCGAGCAAGAACUUCUUGGUCAAUGAGAACGCUUGGGUUAUUUUCAAUACGCAGCAACUGGGGUACUACCGGGUGAACUACGACGAGCAGGAAUGGCAACGAAUAUCCACGGCGCUUAACACGGAUUCGUUCGACGGUAUCCACACGCUGAACCGGGCGCAGAUAGUGGACGACGUGUUUAGUUUCGCCAAACUGGGCAGGAAGGGGUUCAAGUUCGUCUUCGAGGUUAUCGAAUUCCUACGUCGCGAUGUAGCGUACUCUCCGUGGGUUCCGGCUUUCAGGGGCUUCGAAUAUCUGCUGAAAAGGGUGCCUCCAGAAGAGUCCGAACUGAGAGAAAAGAUUGAGAAAUUUGUUUUGUCGCUGAUGGACGCACUGGGGAAGAAGUACCCGAUGACGACUACGGUAUCGGACUCCGAUAUAUUGUUGCAACGGCUUGCUUGGAAGUGGUCGUGCAGGCUGAAGGCGAAAGAGUGCGUCGAUCAGGCCCAAACUAUAUACGAGAGCUACAUGAGCAGCAACACCAAGCCAGACAAAUAUAUCCGGGACAUAGUUUACUGUAAUGCGCUGGCCAACAAAGUGGACAAACCGGCCUGGGAGUUUCUACUCAACGAGUAUCCCAAGAGUAAGUCGGAAGUCGAAAAGAAGACCAUCAUCUCCGCGCUGGGUUGUUCCCCGGAUAGCGAGAUCCUUAAAGGAUACCUGAUGAUGAUGCUUGCGUCAGAUGCCAAGAUAACAUCCAAGAACGACCAACUCUCGAUACUCCCGGCGGUUUACAAAGGUUCGCCGCAGGGGCUCGAAGAAGCUCUCACUUUCGUGGUGGACAAAGCGCAGGACCUCUUACAGAAAUACGGAGAGACAGGUAUGUACGCAGUUCUCAACGACAUGCCAGGUUGGUUCAACACAAAUGGACAAAUCGACAAGAUGGCAUCGAGCACGUGGACGAGCGACUCGCUGAAGGCCUCCUUGGAGACGGCCAAGGAAAACGUAAAAUGGUUCAAUUCGCCGAUGGUUAAGGACGAGGUCAGCCAAGCUGUCUAGUCAAGCCCCAGCUAAUAAAACCAGCGGCUGUACUGUGUUUAACCGUUAUAUUAAACAAUAAAUAGACGCACC